UUGUCGUGCUGAUACGCUCAUUUCAUGCUGUUAUAGGAUUGCAAGUCUUUAAACAAUAUUAUGAUACUGGCUUCUACCUAACCCGCCGCCCCUUGUUAUAAAUUAAUCUAGUUUCAACGUCUGCCAUUCCCUUUAAACGUCCGUCUCCUAACCCACCACCUUGUAUCUAUUCUCUUCUCCCCAGUUGUUGUCGGGUGCCUGUCACUUCUCAAAACUCAUAAAGGGGUUCCUUCUAGACAGCACACUGCAGAUACGUGAAUGUGGAGUAGUAACAAUUUACUGCAGAAACCCGGUGGGUCGAUCAGCAUGUGAGUGGGGGGGGGGAAGAGAAGAUUGGACAGCCGACAUUCCGUGUCUAGAUUCCGCAUCGGCCCCCUUUCUGUGUCUUCGACCUGAUCCGUUCCUCGUUCCACAAAUGCUGCCUAACCUGAGUUUUCUUUCCACCAUCGGCACAUUCUAUUUUAAGCGUUUUAUUCCCCUUUCCCCGCCCUGAUUUUAAGUAUUGUAUCGGUUCUCCCUGGGAUUUCCUUUCUCCUGAUAGUCUCUCUGAAGUUUUUUUCUUUAACUAAAGAAGUUCAACUAAUUCGUUCCGUAUUUCCAGUUGGUAUUUGGUAGAGUUUUAUAUUUUGCUACCGCACUGUACUAAAGUUAAUAGCUACAUUGAAAUAAAACAAUGCUAUGCGUGUAAAUGCAGAAAACGCUGGAAAUUCUCGGUUGUUUGAAAGGGUGUCUGUGGUAAGUGAAACGGUCACUGAGUGUAUGUUUUCGCCCUGGGAUUUGCUCCGUAAAUCACCUUUCUACCAAACCGACUUGUUGCUCCUCGCGCCUCUGCUUAAACAGGAACACACCCCUCGGGGAGAUGUCAGUGCAGGAGCAAGGUCUCCGCCGUCAGAUAUCAGCACAAUACUCGGAAUGCCGUCAAAUUUGUUCUCGGUUAAUAACAAUGCAUAAAGUCGGAUCAAUUCAUUAUUGGGAAGUUCCCUUCCCCCUCUUCUGAAGAUGCGUAAAAAAUGAAAUUCUCGCACUUGCUAAAAACCUCAACCCCCACCCCCAACCCCUUUUCUGCGCAUCACCGCCAGGUUUGAGAGAUUUCAUCUGGUCACUUGUGCCUCUGUACAUUUCCAGACUAAUAACCCACACACACACCCAAUGCUCGUUCAUCAAAUAAUUGCCGUUUCAGAUUUACGUAGUCUUUAGAGGUUAGGGUGGGAGGUUGCAGGCCUAUGUGGCAACACGGCCAAUUUUAGGUUUUCGAGAAAAAAAAAGGCGUUUUAACCACAGAAAAGGAAGUUAACUUGCACUGACAUUGUGCAAAUAUCAUUACUGUUGAGUUAUGACUUGCUACAGGUCAGUGCUGCUGUGGCUGCCAUUUUAAAGUUUUAGUUUUAAAGAGGAGAUAAUAAUAAUUCCGCGUCUUUUCCACUGGCUAUGGAGGCAUUUCGCAGAUCAUGUUUUCCAGAUAAAGGAUUUUCCUGCAUACAAUGCUUUAUUGUGUUUUCGGGAUGGCCCUGAGCAGUUAGAUGUGAAAGUAUUCUUUUGAAGUGCAGUCAUUGUCUGGCUGAUGUUAUGCAUGAACAGUGUGGACACCGUGCUACCCUGCAAAUGAGAUGAAUCAUAACAAGCUCCGAAACAUUGAGCAGGUCAGGAAGCAUCUGUUGGCGAGAGUUGAUGUCAGGUCAGCAACUGUUUCAUCGUAACUGGAAACUGUUGGGAUAUGUUUUAAGUAAAACCAGAUGCAGUAGCUAAGAGAGGCAAGGGCAUUUGAGAAUGUAUCCAUGUACAGGAAGACGUAAUGGGCAAAAUGUAAGGAAAGUACCCAUUGAAUAAUGUCCUGCAUUGCAGAAAGGAUGUAGAGCAGUGGUUCCCAAACUUUUUUGGGUUACCUCCCCCCUUGGCUCCCAGACCACAUCCCCUGCCAGUUCAACCAUUACAUACAAACCAUAAAGAAGCUUGAUUUACAAUGCACAGUGAAGGAAAAUAAGAAUUGUACAUUAAAAGCAGUCAUAGAUUAUUGCAAAAAGUAUUUAGAGUGAAAGCUCUUUUUCAUCAACAAUUUUACAGCGUGUACCCCUUUCAAUGAACUUGAUUUUACUUACCAUAGAACCAUAGAAUACCACAGCACAGAAAACAGGCCAUUCGGCCCUUCUAGUCUGUGUCGAAACAUUAUUCCGCUGGUCCCAUUGACCUGCAUCCAGUCUAUAACCCUCCAGACCUCUCCCAUCUAUGUAUCUAUCCAAUUUAUUCUUAAAACUUAAGAGUGAGCCCGCAUUUACCACGUCAGAUGGCAGCUCGUUCCACACUCCCACCACUCUCUGAGUGAAGUUCCCCCUAAUGUUCCCCCUAAACCUUUCCCCUUUCACCCUAAAGCCAUGUCCUCUCGUAAUUAUCCCUCCUAAUCUAAGUCGAAAGAGCCUAUUCACAUUAACUUUGUCUAUGUCCCUCAUAAUUUUGUAAACCUCUAUCAAAUCUCCCCUCCAAGGAAUAAAGACCUAACCUGUUCAAUAUUUCCCUGUAACUCAACUCCUGAAGACCCGGCAACAUCCUAGUAAAUCUUUGCACUCUUUCAAUCUUGCUGAUAUCCUUCCUAUAGUUAGGUGGCCAGAACUGUACACAAUACUCCAAAUUUGGCCUCACCAAUGUCUUAUACAACCUCCCCAUAACAUCCCAACUUCUACUGAUGUCUACUAUAAGCCUACGGACUCUCACAGCUACCUGGACUUUUCCUCUUCCCACGCUAUCUCUUGCAAAAAUGCCAUCCCCUUCUCGCAAUUCCUCCGUCUCCGCCGCAUCUGCUCUCAGGAUGAGGCUUUUCAUUCCAGGACGAAGGAGCUGUCUUCCUUUUUUAAAGAAAGGGGCUUCCCUUCCUCCACCAUCAACUCUGCUCUCAAAUGCAUCUUUCCCAUUUCACGCACAUCUGCUCUCACCCCAUCCUCCCGCCACCCUACUAGGGUUAGGGUUCCCCUUGUCCUCACCUACCACGCCACCAGCCUCCGGGUCCAACAUAUAAUUCUCCGUAACUUCCGCCACCUCCAACGGGAUCCCACCACCAAGUAUAUCUUUCCCUCCCCCCCUUUCUGCUUUCCACAGGGAUCGCUCCCUAUGCGACUCCCUUGUCAAUUCGUUCCCCCCCAUCCCUUUCCACCGAUCUCCCUCCCGGCACUUAUCCUUGUAAGCGGAACAAGUGCUACACGUGCCUUUAUACUUCCUCCUUCACCACCAUUCAGGGCUCCCGACAGGCCUUCCAGGUGAGGCGACAUGUCACCUGUGAGUCGGCUGGGGUGAUAUACUGCGUCCGGUGCUCCCGGUGCGGCCUUCUAUAUAUUGGCGAGACCCGACGCAGACUGGGAGACCAUUUCGCUGAACACCUACUGUCUGUCUGCCAGAGAAAGCAGAAUUUCCCAGUGGCCACACAUUUUAAUUCCACAUUCCAUUCCCAUUCUGAUAUGUCUAUCCAUGGCCUCCUCUACUGUCAAGAUGAAGCCACACUCAGGUUGGAGGAACAACACCUUAUAUUCUGUCUGGGUAGCCUCCAACCUGAUGGCAUGAACAUUGACUUCUCUAACUUCUGUUAAUGCCCCUCAUCCCCUUCUUACCCCAUCCCUUAUUUAUUUAUUAUUUUUUAUCUUUUUCCCCUUUCUUUCUCUCUUCUUUUCUCCCUCUGUCCCUCUGACUAUAACUCCUUGCCUGCUCUUCAUCUGCCUCUGGUGCUCCUCUCCCCUCUCCCCAUUUCUUUCUCCCUAGGCCUUCCAUCCCAUGAUCCUCUCCCUUCUCCAGCCUUGUAUCCCUUUUGCCAAUCAACUUUCCAGCUCUUAGCUCCUUCCCUUCCCCUCCUGUCUUCUCCUAUCAUUUUGGAUCUCCCACUCCCCCUCCCACUUUCAAAUCUCUUACUAUCUCUUCUUUCAGUUAGUCCUGACGAAGGGUCUUGGCCUGAAACGUUGACUGUACCUCUUCCUAUAGAUGCUGCUUGGCCUGCUGCGUUCCACCAGCAUUUUGUGUCUGUUCCUAUACUCAAUACUCAGAUUUAUGAGUGCCUGGAUGCCAAAAGCCUUCUUUACAAUCCUGUCUACCUGUGAUGCCACUUUCAGGGAAUUAUGUAUCUGAACUCCCAGAUCCCUUUGUUCCUCCACACUCUUCAGUGCCCUGCCAUUUACUGUGUAUGUCCUACCUUGAUUUGUCCUUCCAAAAUGCAACACCUCACACUUGUCUGCAUUAAAUUCCAUCUGCCACUUUCUGGCCCACCCCUCCAGUUGGUCCAGAUCCCUCUGCAAUCUUUGAAAGCUUUCCUCGCUGUCCACAAGGCCUCCAAUCUUAGUGUCAUCAGCAAACUUGCUGAUCCAAUUUACCACAUUGUUAUCUAGAUCAUUGAUAUAGGCAACAAACAACAAUGGUCCCAGCACAGAUCCUUGAGGCACACCACUAGUCACAGGCCUCCAGUCUGAUAAGCAAUCAUCCACUACCACUCUCUGUCUUCUCCCACACAGCCAAUUUUGAAUCCAGUUUACAACCUCUCCUUGGAAACCUAGUGUCUGAACUUUCUGAACUAACCUCCUUGGGAUCUUGGCAAAGGCCUUACUAAAGUCCAUGUAGACAACAUCCACAGCCUUUCCUUUGUCUACUUUCUUGGUAACUUCCUCAAAAAACUCUACAAGAUUCGUUAGACACGAUCUACCGUGCACAAAGCCAUUCUGACUAUCCUUAAUCAGCCCUUGGCUGUCCAAAUACUUGUAUUUCCAAUCUCUCAGAACGCCUUCCAAUAAUUUACCUACUACUGAUGUCAGGCUCACCACUGUAAUGGCGGUAUUUAAUUUGUGCGGCCAAUCACUUGGGUAUAUGGAGACGAGAUAUUAUCUGUUAAUUACACAGUGAAUGGUAAGUAUGUUAGGUAUAGUUUUUUUCAAGAAGGUAAUGAGCCCGCAGCAGCAUCGUUGCAUUAAUGGUGCCCCAUCUGUUGCACAAGCAAGAAAUUUGGUGAGCGGAAUGUCUUUCUCUUUGAAAACUUGCUCAACAACCCAAAAUAUUGCUCCCCCUUCGUAUCUGUUUCUAGUCCCCUUGUAAAUAACAACCCUUGAACAAUGCUUUCUUUUUUAUGAAGCCAACAUAACCAACAAGCGAAGAUUCAUUGCUUGGCAAAGUUGACACAUCCAACUGCAAUGCAAAUUCUGUUGUCCUAAGAAUGUUGCUUAUUCUUAGAAAUUUCAUCUAUUCAUCUUUGAACAGAGUUGUCUCUGAUCGGAAUCACUUUAAUUGUUUGGUCUCGAACUUCCAGUAAUGCACCGCCCCCCCCCCCACCGUUCACCAUUCCCAUCCCCUUUUCCCUCUCUCACCUUAUCUCCUUGACUGCCUGUCACCUCCCUCUGGUGCUCCUCUCCCCUUCUCUCUCUUCCAUGGCCUUCUGUUCUCUCCUAUUGGACUUUCCCUUCUCCAGCCCUGUAUCUCUCUCACCAAUCAAUUUCCCACCUAGUUACUUCAUUCCCCUCUUCCCUGUUUCACUAUCACCUUGUGUUUCUCUCUCCCCUCCCCACCUUUUAAAUCUGCUCCUUAUCUUUUUUUCUCCAGCCCUGCUGAAGGGUCUGGGCCCGAAACGUUGAUUAUACUCUCUGCCAUAGAUACUGCCUGGCCUGCUGAGUUUCUUCAGCACUUUCUUUGUGUGUGUUGCUUGAAUUUCCAGCAUCUGCAGAUUUUCUCUUGUUAGUUAGUUUAGUCUGGUGACUAAACGAUACUCAGAGCCUCCCUUACUGCUGACAGAAUCAGUUUUCCAAUGGUGUGGACAUUUCCAGAUUUAGCAAUGAGCAAUGAAAUGUUAUAUGAACCAUGCAGACCAUCACUGUUAUGUUGUGAGGUGCUGGUAAACGUGUUUUGAAGAUUUUUCCAUUGCUGGAAGUUUUCACAAAGUGACUGAAAAUAAGCCAAGGUCUUGUCAUUUUUAUCAGUGUAUUCUCUUCAAAUGUUCAAGGAGUCUGGACAGUGUCAUUGCCUCAUUUGAAAACGUUUUUUCACAACAGGCACAUUGGCUGCUGUUGGUUGCUUAAUGCUGGAAUAAACCCAUAUUUCAGACACGCCACACUAUACCCUGUACAUUUUUUUUUGUUCGAUCUCCUGCCAUUUUUAUGACCACAGUUGCCUGUUGUUUAAGUCCAACCUCAAACGCUGCAGUCAAUAAAGGGCAAAGUUAUGAUGUCAGUAUAGCUCAGGCAAAACUUGACUCUGCCUGAGGGUACAUAAAAUUGGAUAGCAUUACAUCAGUUGAGCCGUGGGAUGGAGAAAUGUGGUCAAGAACUUUCUAAUCGGUAGAUUCUGAACCUUACUGCCGUUGACUGCAUAAUUCACAGGAAUUCUGUCACUGUGUGAUCAGAGAAUGGGAAUCGUGCUAACACUGUACUACAGUAGUGGACGGUAAUAAAUAAUGUGUGAGCCUGGCCCAGAAACAACACUAUUUCUUCAGUCCAGUUUUCUCAUGAUAUGCCAGAUAUAGAAGACUUGUAUUGCUAUUCAACCAAUUAUAAUGUACUUCAAGCAAAUUCUGAGAACGGCCCUUUUCCUCUAUCUGGAGCAAAUAAAAGACCUGAAGCAUCAUGAUGGCCAAUAAAAGAAAUCUUGAUUGCAUAGAUUCCCUUACUUGUAGCAAGAUGCCUCGACUGGAGAAUGAACACAAUGAGUUAUCAACAGCGAUUUGUAAAUCCGGCACCCAGCCGAGUUACCUGCAAGCAAAUUCCCUUAAGUACACCGGAUCUUAUUUAGCAUAUCAUCUUAGAAAUCGAGAUGGAACUGACCCCUCGGGAUUCUGGAACCAAUCGCAUCCCUAUAUGCAAACCACGAGUAUUCCAUCUGUCCAGUCACAACCUGUUGAAGACGGUCGCCUCGGCAGCCGUUUGUAUCAGACAGAAACUGAAACUCCUUCUCCAACAUUUCAGCGAACUGUAAAUGAGAAAGAUAAGCUUGACUUAGUCAAAGAUCUGAUGAACGUUCGGUCAAAGUGGGUCACUUUUGUGGAACGACAGAAGAGCCUGAGAAAUGGUCAGAAUAUUCCUUCUGCGGCUGGGAAACUUAACUUGCUCGCACCUGCAGUCCACAGCUGUGGAAAUGUAGCAUUUCCACAGCCUGUGUAUAGAAGUGGCAUUUGUUGUUCCGGGGCUGGCUGCUCCUUGGAAAAUUCAGCAGAUCAUCUUCAUAGAAGGGCACAGGACACUGAAUGGAGAAUGGCAGCUCCAGUUACUUCAGGUUGUACAGUUGCAAACGGUGAUCACUUGAUGCAAACUCAGCAAUAUGGUAAUCCUCUUUUGAAAAAUAAAUCACUGCACCAUGGAUCUAGUCAUUCACCGAUUAGCUCCAUGGCCAGAAUGCCCAAGGAAGCUAGAAGACUACCCGGAGUGCCAUCAUCCCUGUGCCAAGGGUAUGGUACUUACAAUGGUAAUGUUCUGCAAGACCUCAGGUAUUCCAUGCUGCCGUACGAAAACUCCAAUGGAAACGUGCCAAGUCAUGCAUCUAUGCACAGCCUCCAAAACUUCCAGAAACUUCCUUUGCAGAUGUACUCGGCAAGUGAAGGACCGCAGGCACAGCCGCCUUUUUAUUGUGACAAGUCGUCACCCCCAAAGUUCCCCAUUCCCAUUCAGCCAAAAGCUGUACACUCACAAAACACUAUCUUAAAUCAGCAGACUGCAGGUCUCUACUCUCUGUUGCAUCCUCAUGGCCUCAGAGCGCAGGUGAGCAGGUGCCCGUACCCAGUUCAGGGCACGGGCGGCCGGUUGUCUGAUUCCAGUUCCACAUUCGUAGGGCAGCUAAGCCCAGGGAAUCCUUACCCCCACUACUCCGAAUCUCUGGGAUAUCCUGUUCAUCACCCUCCAUUGCAGAAAGGUAUCCCCAUGACAAGUCCUUUGGUUCAUCCCGGGUUAGAAUCCGGAGGGAGGCUGGAGUUGCAAAGUCCCUCCAGGAAAAGCUCGUCCACCUCGCGCCAAGACCCAACAAGUGGAAAGCUGCCUCCGUCUGAGACCCUGCACUUCAGGUCACAGGCUAUUGUUGACGCACAAGCAGAGAAGAGAUGUUACAACUCAUUGAACUCGCUUUCCAGCCAGCAGCAGUUGAUAAGUAAACACAGUGCCUUCCAGCCAGUUAUCUCUGGGAAGCACUUGAAGGGGACAUAUGAGAGACCAACUAUCUCCCCUGCAGAUCAAAGACCAAAUGAUAUUUAUGUACACGAACAUAUGCCGAGCAUAGAUAUUUUGUCCAAUAGCAAUCAUGGUAUAUCAACAUUCAGUAAAGAGAACGAAGGCAUCAAAACCAAACUGGUCGACUCUGGCCUGGGUAGCCCAUCAAAGUGUUAUAAUAAUAGUCCAAAUAGGAAAGCAUCAGAGAUUAAUUUCCUAUCUGCCUCUUCCUCUCGGGAAGGCAGGAGACUCUCUGCUCCUUCCCCACCUAUGCCGGUUAUUAAUAACGUAUUCAGUCUGGCUCCUUAUAGAUCUUACCUGGAAGCCACGGGUCUGUUUUUCGCCAGGUGUCAGAAAUGUCAGUCAGAUUGCAAUAAAUCUGUGAAUUGUUCAUGUUCUUCAGAAAGUAAAACUAAACAUAAUCGCAAUGCUGGAGUCAUUGAUCCAGAUCCGCACAAGCAAAGCCCUGCGAAGCUUUCAAAGGGCAUCACUGAAUUGCAAUACAAGGAUGCUGAAUUGAUGCAGAGCAACUCUCCUCUCUGCACUGGAGCCAGUCAGAAAGAGGGCUCGUCAGGAACGGAACUGAGGAAAGCAGAAAGUGGGAAGAACCCUGACAUUCAGCAUCAAGGCAUUAAUUUGUCUCCUAACCUCAGGAUUCACAGUGUUUCGCAUCAGCCAAGUAGCAAGUCCGCAGCGGGUCACGAGCCUGAUCAUAACGCUAGAAAGACCGAGGUGACUAAAAUGCACGCUGAGUCAGUGUUGGACCUCAGUAUUAAGAACAAGAAUCAGCCUGUGGCUGUCACUCAGCCGAAGAUCCCAUCUGCUUCUGGAUUAGGGGAAGAUCGAGAAAGCCCUGGAGGAACCAUAAGAGAAAAAGAAGGUAGAGGGAAGUCCACAAGCAAUGCAGAGGGACAAGGCAGUACAGCAGAUGUCACUGAGCCAUCUUCAUCUUCGGUUCCCUGUGAUUUCAGGGAAGAAUUGAACGACAAAGAAAUACCGAAUGAAAGGGAAGAAAAUACUACGGCAGAAUCUCAGAGUAAUAAGAGAAGACAAAACCCGGACGCGCCAUCUGAGAGUAAUGGGACAGGAGCAGUGAAAUCCUCUGAGUCUAGCAAUGUGGUGAACAAUACUGCCCUCACAAUGGAACUGAGUAAAUACAAAAUACUGAGACCAGCCCCUGCUCGAGUGGAUGGAUCCAAUCCUACUCAGGCAGCUGGAGACUCUGAUGCCAAAAAGUUAAGUUUGCUUGGAUCAGUUAAUCCAUUGCGAUUAGUUCUGAGACCAUUGAAGCUGGUCAUUCCUGAUGAGCUAAAAUUGCCGCUGAGUCCUGUUACAGAAUCUAAAACGUCCCCCUGUGAAACCGAAGUUGGCAUCCCCAGUAACGACGAGUUAAUGCAGAGCGAGAGUAACACUUACUUUUCCUUUGUGCGUCUUCAUCAGUCCCUGUGUGACAUGAUUGUGCGGUCCGUGGCCGAAACCUCCGAAGAAGUUUUGCGUGGAUGCUUGCAGGACAUUGAGACACAGAACCAUGGCAAGGAAAAUCCAAAGAUGAGACCUUCACUAAAAUCGAAGAAUAAUACUAGAAAUGAGGUAUUAAAGGUGUCAAAAUCACAGGAGAUUUGGCUCAAUUAUGGACAAAUUCAACCAACUAUGCAAAAACUGCUCUCCCAUCUGAAAGCCUAUCAUUUUACCAGAAGGUGCCCGUUCCCCCACGUAAUAAGAGCUGGCACAAUUUUCAUUCCAAUAUAUUUAGUGAAGGAGAAACUGUUUUCCAACGUCAAGGGAGCAAUGAUUGAUCAAGUUUUUCAGGAGCACAAAAUAGAACUGCGGCCAACAACUCUGUCGGAGGAGAAGAUACUGCAGAGUGACUUGCAUCUUCAGAGAUGUUCUUCCAGAUUAAUCAAGCUGCUAUCCCUGAAGCAGCUGCCUGAAAUCUAUCCAGAUUUGUUGAAUGUUCUGUGGCAUACUUGUGCAAAAGUCCGUCUCGGUGGAGAAAAUGAGGAUACCCUAAGGAAGACUGCCAUCACUCCAAGCCCGGCUGAAAUGGGUGGUAGAAAAAAUAAGUCAGAUUCUGGUUCUGCUAAAAAGAAAAAAGUAGUAAACAAAACACCAGGGGAAACCCCUCCUCCCGUUAAAGAAAAGCCCAAUGAUGGCAUUACUGUAGCCAAACUUGGUGUAAAACUAAGAAAAAGGCGAAGAAAUGGUAAUGUUUCUUCAUGCACAAAUUCCAACCCUGUAUGUACUAGCUCUAGCAUUGGUACAUUGUCUGGACACAAAGUAAGCCCAUCAUCAGUUGACCAGUCAGAAGAACCUUGCUCCACAGAACAUGAUCAAGAUGCUUGUGCACCAAAGUUAUCCAAGGAGUCCCAGCCAGCUCCUCGAAAGUUACGCAAAACUACCAAAGAGCUUUUGGAUGAAAAGGCUAUUGUGAAAAGUAACUUUGACAAAAAAGGCAGCACUUUGGUAGUUAAGUUGAAUAGAGUAGUUAUUAAGAAUGACAACAAGGGACCAGACAUUCCCCGCUCUGUAAAGAUCAAAGAAUUGCAACCACCAGUAAAGAAAAGCAGCACUGCACUGAGGCCAACUAGAAGCACAUCUAAAGUGCUCCACCUUCGUGGCUCUAUUGUGCGGCUAAAAUUUCAGAAAUCUGUGAAAGCCCCUCCGCCCAGAAACAUAGUAUUGAAACCAUUUACCACUAGAAAGCCUUUAGUGACUCGGAAUUCUCAACGGCUGGAUCAGAAGAAAAGUUUGAAACCUCUACACUUCAAAGAACAUCAGGAGAAAGAGUACCCCAAUUUAGUGGGCAAACGUAUCAGACAUCUGUAUGAGGAAAAUGAUAAAACUGAGUCUUGGUAUAAAGGUGUAGUGCUCAGAGUGCAUGAAAAGCACCAGAAUCCUCUAAAGACUGUGUAUGAGGUCAAGUAUGACACUGAACCUGAUUGGCAGUACUACCUUGAACUCUUGCAAGAUUAUGAGAAAGGAUGGCUGAGGGUUGAUGACUGACUUCUUUUAAAAGUAAAAUUAUGAAUUGUCUUUUAAUAUUUGGGAUGACCACUAUGGAAAUUGAAACAAACAACUUGUAAAGGAAUAACGAUUUUACAUUUUGUAAGAGAUCUACAAUGAGUCUUUUGAGUUUACCUGCAGGAAAUGAUACCUCUACAGCCAUUCCUUCCUUCCUGGCAAAAUAAUGUGUGCUUUGAUUUUAGUUACAACUAAAGUUGUUGGUGUGAGUCUGGGCAAAUAAGAUGUAAUGUCAAAUGUGGAUGAUAUAGUGUACAUGUUCCAAGCUCAAAUCAUGGGAAAGGUUCAAAUUUCUGAACCAAAUUAUAUGAGUAGAAUUACUUGCGCAUUAGAUUCUCCUUGUUUUCAAAAGCACAAAGUGCAGGAACAGCCCUUGACGUGUGCCCCUUGUCUCUGGUGUUUGGUGUGAAUUCUCUUCUCUAGGAUCACGCAGCCAGAAUCCUGAGCAAAUAUCCAUUUCAUCUGUUGCUUUGGGCUGCAGAGCAUGAUUAUAGUCCCUGAACAAUAUUUCCAGCAAAAAUGGGCUAAUUUACAGUGUAAAAGAUGUGAUUUUUAAUUUCUGGGUAGUACAAACAGGGCAUUGAAAAUCAUUUGUGUAUAUCAUGUUUCUUGGAGAUUGGUUCACCAGCCUGGAAUACAAAUUUGUUUUUAAGGUUCAGUAGUACAGAAACAUUUGUAAACUCCUUUUUAACCUCCCUCCCUACCUUUUGUCUUCUGAACAUACAAGUCUGUUGUGCUUUAAUGCAUCAACAGUACUGCUGCGUUGGUCUUUGGUAGAAUAUAAGUCAAUAACCAAUGAUACAGAAAUCUCAAUUUCAAUAUUUUGUCAUGUUAAAACCAUCUUUUUUACUUGCAGGAAUCACAAUCAGCAACUUAUCAAUAGUAGCAAAUAUAUAUUGACCAGCAUUAUUCUUGCAGUAAACUUGGCUCCCUUUCGUCUGUCAAAAACUAUGCAUGCAUCCUAUUCAUGGAGAUGCAUGUGCUCAUCUCUUUAUUGCUGCUGUACAGACUAAUAACUUGAGGAAUUGAUAACAAUUAAGUAGCAUAGUUACACUGUGGUGUUUUGUACUUUUAAUAACUUACUUUUUAUAUCUUAGUAAGUUAAGGAUGUUGAUAUAGUGUGCUUAAAUGUGAAUGGUAGGUUGAAAAACCAUUGUUACAAGCUACUUUGAAUUAUGUACUUUUGUAUAAAGAUUUUAAACUAUUGAAAUUUGUCUCAUUCUUUUGAAUGUAUUUGCAAUGAAGUAAGUUAAAAUUCAUGGCUGUACAAAUAUGACUCCAGAAAAGAUGCUUGCAAAUGUACAUUGUCUAUAUGCCAUGAGAUUUAGCAACAGUAAACCUAUCUUGUUUUAAGUAUUUGGUAUACUUUGUGGAUCCCUGCAUUAUAUGCUGGAGUUCCAGGAGUCCCUACAGACUGAUACAAAAGAAUUUUCCUGCUCUUGAGAACAAUGCUCAACUAAAAGAAAACAAAAGAAUAGAAAGACUAUGUAAUUAUGAUUUUAAGGUAGGUAUCUUGGAAGGUCACUCACACAACUAAUAAAUAAAUGGGUCUUCUAGUCUUGUCUCAGUUGAAGUUUAAGCACUGCCCAAAGCAUCACCUGUUAUUUUUUUUAAUCAAAUAAUUUAAUUCGUCACUUGGAGCAGAUGAAACCGAUUCUUUGUCUCUUUUAAGAUGCUCGAACACUGCACUGCUGGUUGCUCGAAUGUUUUUGACGCAUUCAGUGUGAUGCUACUGCACCCUUUGAUCUAAGGCCAUGGGACAAGAUGCAGGCAAAGCAGAAGCUGAUGAUUUCAAUAAAGAUUUAUUU